AUGUUUACUUCUAGUGUGAUAACAGUUGUUGUGUAUUUCACAGUAUCGUGUUUCGCGUUGCAAAAUGUUCAAGGAACAAAACCGGUACUUCAGAAAACUGUGGAAGCAUUAUUUAUCGAUAGAUCUGAUACGACAUACCCCGGAACAUGCAAAGUUUUUAUAUCAUCAACGAAACAGACCAAAAUUUGCAAACGGGAACCAAGCCUACCAAAAGUGUUGCAGACAGCAAAAGCCCAAGCAAUAAACGCCUGCAUCGAAACAUUCCAAUACGAUCGAUGGAAUUGCUCUUUAGUCUUCAAUAGAAAAGCUAAUAAGAGUAUUUUCAAUAAGAUAUAUAGAGAAACUGCCUUUAUCCACGCUUUAAUAGCAGCUUCUAUAACUCAUGCUGUCGCGAAAGGUUGCGCCUCGGGCGAUAUAACUAAAUGCUCAUGUAUAGGAAGUUUCAAGAACGCGUCAUGGCAAAUAAAAGGAUGCGGAGACGAUUUCAAAUAUGGGAAGAAGUUGACGAAGAAUUUUCUAGAUCUGAGACACGCUGGGAACGAUCAGAUUGGCGAAAUUCUCAAACAAGACGUUCACAUUGGCAUGGAUGCAAUUGGUGAACAAUUGAAGGAGGUCUGCAAAUGCCACGGUUUCUCUGGUUCGUGUACAACGAAGACUUGUUGGAAGAAGUUAGCACCGUUCAACUCGGCGAUGGGGAUCUUAAAGAAACACUAUCACCACGCGAUUAAGAAGAAAUUGGUAAACUAUACGACGAAACGUGCUAUAGCGCCAAAAGCAAGACGAAGAUUGGAGAGAGAUAGGAAGAAUUUGCUGUAUUUGCAGAAAACGCCAAAUCUGUGUGUUAGUACGAAGGGCAGGGCUUGUAAAGACAGAAAUAAUUGUGCUACUUUAUGCUGUGGAAGAGGUUUUGUGGUUUCAAAAAGAUUUGUCCGUUCUAGAUGUAGGUGUAAGAUGGUCGAUUGUUGUGUUGUUAAAUGUGAUACGUGCGUGGAAGAAGUAGAAAGUUUUACUUGUAAAUAA